AGGUUAAAGCUCCUCGCAAUGCAGGCUAUCUUACGAGGAUUUUAGAAUGGUAUUUCAAACCUCCUUUUGUGAGUUCAUCGGGUAUGAACAUGCCUCCAUACGUAGAAGUAUAAAGACAGACGAAGAGGUACAUGGUUCACUGGCUCCACAAACGUUUGGAUAAACGAAAAUCACUGUAAAGGAUUUUGUAUGGCUGUUGAAUGUACCCAAGUAUUGCCAAUGGCGAAUAUGCCUCUUGAAAGUACACGGACCAGCACUCUUUCCACCAAUGAUAUCAACCAUAAUUGUGUAGAUGUGACAACCGUUCAUGAAGCCGUCAGAAAAGCGUUUGGGUUCAUAAAAGAAAAUCUCAUGUUUGACAUUUUGCAAGAUGAACUUGUGCAGCGAAAACUACUUCUUGAAAACGAAAAAGAUGAUUAUGUGUGUAAAGACGGGGCCAGUCAUUUUAUAAAUGAAAGACUCAUCAAACUCAUCAUCAAGAAAAAAAGAUGCAAAGAAUUUGUUCAACUCCUUGGAGAAAUGCCUUGUCAUAAAAAAAUCUUUGAUAAAAUUUUGGAGGUUCAGAGGAAGGAUAGAGAGUCGACACCAAUGGGUGCUUUGCAGAGGGAAACUCCUUUUAUACCAACAGAACAACUGUUGCAGAAACACGCUGCUUUUCUUUACUGGGAACUCGAGCCUCGUGAAAUUGCAGAUGAAAUGUUUCAAGAAGGUCACCUUACCCUUAGUGACCACGAUGAUAUAACAGACCUCAGACAAAAGUAUAAAAGACUCAGAGAACUUCUGGAGAUAUUGAAGAAAAAAAAUGACUUGUAUGAACCUUUUUGGUGUACGUUACAGUCCUUGGAGUAUACAACAGUGUUAGAUACAUUACGAACGGAUAAAGUAUUUAAAAACGAACUCUCCGAUUACGCUCUUUGUAUACAACACAGCUUUACUCUUCUUCAAGACGAACUUCCGGACAUUGACUUUGCUACAACCAUCAUUGAAAAUAUGCUUGAUAAAUCAAAUUUAAGCGACAUACACAGUACUACAAGUGUCAGGCGCAAAAAAUCCAAGCUGCUGAAAAUCCUUAUAAUGAAAGGAACAUCUGCUUGCGUGGAACUUUUCAAGGCAAUAGAAAUUUAUUUGAAAAGAAUAGAUUUGAUACAAAAAAUGAAAAGUAGAAGCGAGGCGAUAUUGCGAAGAGGUAAGCCGACUUUGUCUCCCAGUCUUCAACCUCUGACAAUAGCAUGCCUUAAAGAGCAUAAACAAUUUUUGCGAGAUCAACUGGAACCUUUAGAUAUAUGUGACUUCUUGUUUGAGGAAAAAGCAUUAGAGGUUUUUAAUCAUGACAUGAUUACAGAGAAUGGACGGCGAAAAAAACAGAUAAAACGUCUUCUUGAAACGGUUGAGGGGAAUGAAAACUGCUUUCAUUUUUUCUUGUACAUUCUCCAAAAAGAUGAAUAUAUGUAUGUUCUCGAGGAACUUAAAAGACCUGCUUCAGAAAUUAUUCAAGCUGAAAAGAAAAAUCAACCGGAAAUGAGAGUAUUUAACAGGGUAGAAAAAAUAUCAGGUCAUAUACAAAAUAAAACCAUUUUAGUUCAGCUGACAGAAGAGGGUCACACUGAAUCUCGGAUAGAACAAGCUUUAUAUAAUGAAUCCUCUAAUACUGGGAUUUUGAGUGAAGUUAUGACACAUCAACUGGACCUCGAGACUGUUUCCCACGGAUCCGUAGUCCUUCAGUUAAGACCAAUCACUGACCAAGCUGUUCAAACCUUGCUUAAUGCCAAACAUAACAAUAAAUUAGUGGAAAUGAUUUAUGGUAUGCUGAAACAAGUCGAUAUUGAAAAGAUAUUAAAUGACACAGAACCGUUAAAAAUCAGGGUCAACGUUUGUUACGCUAAUUCAGUAGAAGGAAAGCCAGAUGGGGAAAUUACAAACGCUGCACUGAUCAAAAAAAGAGUGAAGGCAUACAGAAAUGAUCUUCUCAAUGAAUUAGAGCCGAAGGCUUUAGCUUCCCUGUUAUCAAAAUCAGAAAUCUUUACCGAAAAUGACAUUGAAUUUGUUAAAAAAGCUCAUGGUUGUUCUGGAAGAGUUGAAAAUCUGUUGUCACUUGUUGAAAAUGGAGAUUCUCAGGUGGUUGAAGAGUUUGUGAAGAUCUUGAAUGAUCUUGGAUAUAGUCAUAUUGUGCAGUUGAUUGAUCCUCCUGAUAUUCAUAACAAAGCAGGCAAGAACUUACCAGACAUUUCAUGA